AUGUAUGCAUGUAUGCAUGUGAUGGACAACAUCUACUCCAAUCGCUCAAAGGCCGGAGAGGGAUUGUACAGUCGUCUGUCGAUCGGUCGCCUGGAGGGGGAGCUGAGAGCCGCACUCGAUGCCUCGUGGGACAGCCACAACAAUGUGUAUCUAGGGCACCGCGAGUUGCAGCACCUGCCCACUAGCUACAACCUGAGCGCCCUGUGGAACGACUUCAACCACCAAGAGCUCCUGUUCUACGGCCCCAACGCCACUGACCGGCGGUCCACGACAUUGUGGAGACUGGGCAACGCCUUUCUGCGGCGGAGCUUCGAGCUGCACCACCGUCACAGCGACAUAGCUAGGCAGCUGGGGUCGCUGGCGGCGAGUGACCAGUACAAGUACAUCCACAGCAACGGCCUUUUCGAGCUGUUCCAAGGCUAUUCAUCGACCCUGAAUGCCUUCGUUUAUCAGGCAGUUGACACCUCCAACACCAUUAACCGGCUCCAGCUGGUGCUGUUGGUCAUUGAGGGCUGUUGCAUCUGUGCCUUAGUGGUGGCGUACAUGGCCUGGCUGCUGAGGAAGGUCGACAACCAGCGGUACGGCAUGUACGGCGUCUUCCUGAUCGUACCGGUGGGCCUGGUGAGGGGCCUGGCAUCCAAGACUGUGGCAGUGGAGGAGGAGAACAGCGACGGCGAGGAGGAGCACCCCGAGGAGCUGGCGGCGGAUGACCUGGGAGGCGGCCUGGGGGCGAUGGCGGCGGCAUGCGGAUCAACCUGGAUGCCAGCGGUGGCGGGCCGGGGGGUGGCGGCAGGGGGGUUGGCAUAUCUUCACCCGUGGCAGCUACCCGGCGAAGAAAAUCUGCCUUCCCCGGCCAGUGCUCCGGUGGCCAUGACUAAUGUGGUCAACACGGUGCUCACGAGGUUGCACCGUGUCGUGUAUUUCGCUCAGGAGCUGGCGAUAGCCGGGGGUGUGGAGGCGCAGCAGGCGCUGUACCCCAUACUGCAGACCGAUCCCAAAACACACCCGCCCCACCAUAAAACCCACCCUAAGAAGUCCGAAUCCCCCGAUCCCCAAGAACCCGAAUUCCCUCAUCCAAAUCCCCCUUUGGAUCCACUUCCUCAAAACCGCCAGAGCGAGGUGGCGGCUCUCAAAUCGGAGUGGGAGGUGAUGUUGUACGGCGCCAACUCCACGCAAGCCACUGAUCCCCAUUUUGCACUAGCUCGUCGAGGAGUGGCGUUCGAGAUGGGCCCCGCCACGAAUACUCUGUUUGCGUCCGGAAUGGCGUGUUGGACGCCCGAUGCGUCGGACUGCUACCCCCCUGAACAUCCGUACGCCGCGGUAGUGUACCGGGGCCUCAACGCGAUGAUGCAGCGUUUCUUUGUCGAGUCCGACCUCAUGCUGCGGGACGCGCCUUCCGCCUGGCAAUUGAAUUCCAGCCGCCUCGACUACCUCUUCCACGAGGGCACCGGCAACCUCCAUUGGGCGAUGUUCCGGCUGACGGAGGUGCAUCUGGAGAGCGUGGUGGCGCUGUACAUGCGGGUGGAGGUGUUCCACGUGGUGGUGUUCGUGUUGUCGUGGCUGCUGGCGGGGCUGUUCCUGUUCGGUAUGCUGAGGCCGUUCAUGGGACACACGCAGCGCGAGACGGAGCGCAUCGCCGAGAUGCUCAGUCAGCUACCUGCCGAUGUGGAUGUGGAAGGGCUGCUGAACAAGGCCCUGAUCAGCAUCAAGGGUGAAGUCGUCACGCCGCGACGCGUGGGUGAUCAACGAACAGGGGGUCGCAACCGCGUCGUGCCGCUGUCCGCGCCCUUUGAGGGGGAGCCCGGAGAGCUCAAAGGAGGGCCCCGGCCACUGCCGUCCUUCACCAAGGGGGGCUGA